GAAAGCACCACAUGAUCACAGUAACUCUGAGCACAGAGAGAAGAGGACGAGCUUUCACUCCGCUGUAGCCAUGAUUAACUGUGGACUGGUUUUUGGAGCUUUGUUUGCACUGUGUCUCUGUCCUGUAGCCGUUCAGGACACGUGUUCUGCAGGGACACACGGGCUGCCUGGUUUUCCUGGACUACCUGGACGGGAUGGCAGGGAUGGUGAGAAGGGGGAGCAGGGCGCUGCAGGACCAACAAUCAAAUUAGAGCAAGAAGCAGUAAAAGGGCAGAAGGGGGAUCAAGGCAUCCAAGGUCCUGUAGGAAAGAGGGGCCGGCCUGGAAUUCAGGGCCCGUCGGGAUCCCCAGGUGGUAGGGGGUCUAAAGGAGACAUCGGAGAUGAAAAACCUCCCUCUGCUUUUAGUGUGUCGCGUAAUACCAACGACCCGCCAAAAGCCAACAGCCCGAUCAUCUUCCAAACGGUCAUCACCAACGUCAACAAUCACUUUAACGUGAAAGAGGGUCAGUUUGUGUGUAGCAUCCCUGGUACCUAUUACUUCGUCUACCAUGCAACGUCCGUGAACAAGAUGCUUUGCGUGAAGCUCAUGGUGGACGGGGAGAAAAAGACCAGCUUCUGUGAUCCCAAUACUGGCACAUCUCAAAACUACCAGGUUAGCUCAGGAGGAUUAGCCGUGUACCUGCAGGAGAACCAAAGGGUGUGGUUAGAAACCAGUGAGCAGAUGAAUGGCAUGUACGCAGCCGGCGGUAAAGGCGACAGCGUCUUCUCUGGUUUCCUGCUUUAUGCUCACUGAGGUGUUCUGUCAUGCCGCGUCUUUAUAAACUCAACAAAUCCAAUAAUAAAAGCACAGAUUGUAUUUCUGAUUUUUGUAACACAAAUAAAACUGCUAAUAAACCGA